AUGCGACCGGCCUUCUCCGCCUCCAAGCCGUCGCCGUCCGGGAGGGAGAAGGGCAGGAGGAAGGGCGCCUCUGCGGCCGAACAGCUGCUCACCGGCCAGGCCCUCCCCCUCCGCACCCGCCUCCACGACGCUCUCGCCCUCGGCCUCACCAAGUCUGAUGGCCACGGUGCUAAAAAAUGGCAGUCUACUGAUGCUGGAGUACAGUCUCACGUGCUCAAAUCGGUGGGUGCAUUUGUCGGUUGUCUUUCAAAUGAACUGCUGAAACUUCCUCCUAUAAAGAGUGUUAUGUUAUGUAUAUAUAAACAUGAAAAUACGCCUAAAGUAUUUGUUUACCAGGAGUUGAUUUCAGAUAUACUUGUAGCUCUGGAAGGAAAUUCUGUUCGCCAAUACCCAGUUAUGGAGAUAGUUUCGUCCCUCUCAUGCCAUUUGUCAGCAAACCAGCUACGUAUUGCUGUACCAUGUGCAAGUGCAUUGACCUGUAUGUUGAACAGCCUAGUUAUAGCGAGAGCUUCAACUCAGGCAGAAAUUUGGGAGGCUCUGGAGAAAACCAAUGCGGUUGCGAGUGUUAUUUCAGCUCUACAGAAUUACACCGAAGACGCCUACACCCUGAACUAUCUGACGGAGAUGAUAUCUCUGCUAAGAAGUAUCCUGUGGAUUUGGCCUUCCUCGAGAUACCAUGUAUGGAGCAACCACAACUUGAUGGCAAAACUAGCACAUUACUGUCUUAGCGCUGAAACAACAGUUUCUGCGAAAAUUCUUAAGCUAUAUGCUGCUUUAGCUUUAUGUGGCAAUGGAGCAAUGGUCCUUCUUAAGAAUGAAGAGUUGAUCACUAAGACCGGUGACCUUAUGGGAAAAUCUCAUCCUACUGCCACUAGGAUUGAAGCAUUAAGGCUCUGCCAGGUUUUUCUGAGAUCUUCAAGGGGCUGCGAUCAGUUGAUGACUGCACAUUGUCAGCCUAUUGUUCAAGGCAUAACCAAUGCCAUGUCUGAGAUUCAUGAAAAAACAUUAGUAAGAGAGGGAUGUCGGACUGCAUUACUGGCACUUCGUUAUUCUGGGAAUCAUCAUAGGUGCUUCUGGUCUAAUGCUAUUGAUGAAGUAUUAUAUAAGAUUCUUUCUGGGAGCUGCACCUCUUCACAUCACGCACAUCAGACUUUGUGCCAUGGCGAGCUGUUCAAUAUAGAUUCCAAAGACAUUAUGAAUAUACAUCCCUAUGUAUGGGAUAUACUCGGAUAUCUAGCAGUACAUUGCGAUAAUGAGUAUCUUUCCAUAGGGAAACGGCAGAAUAGUUUCUUGCAGGGACUGAUAUCAUGUGCUUGCUCGCUAGCGUCAGAUUUAACUCUGAAAAACAGCCCCAUGAAAUUGUCUAAAGAGGAGCAGGAGCCGGCUUUGAGGGCAGUUCUUAUGAUGCUUCUCUCUCCUAGCCAAUUCAUUUUCUCUGAGGCAAGUUCUAAAUUUCUGGAAGCUGUUGUACCAUUAGGCAAUGAAUAUAUGAACAUGCUCAUGUCGUCACUAGAAUCGAAUGUUACCAGAAAUCUUACGGCAUCUUUUGACUGUGUCAAGAUCAUGACCAACCUCAUGAACAUAGCAUGCUUGUUGAUAGUGCAAUCUAACCAUAGUCUCAACAAGAGGAGUGCUGUAGAUGUAUUAUCCAGCAUUAUUAAGGAAUGUCUGCACGAUCAUUUGUACAUUACGAGAUCAAACUUUGCUUCUCAUCUGCAAUUUUGUUUUGAUGGAUGUUCAUGCUGCCAUCUCUCUGAAGAGUGGGAAGGUGAAAAUAUUGUUUUCUUUUAUGGUCUCGUAGUAUUGUUUAAUCUGCUGAAGAGUGACAGCUUUAUUUGUUUUCACUGUAAAAGAAAGAAAGAUGGGGGGGUUGUGUGCCAUGAAUGCAGAGAUUAUUGCACCGAAGGUUUGGUUGGAGUCCUCAAACAUGCCUUGUGUCAGAACAUGAGCCCAGGGCCCAAGUCUUAUAUUGCACAUAUACUGAGUUUGUUUGGCCUCUGUGGUUUUCCAAGCAAGUUGGGAGGAAAUAUGAGAAAUGCUUUGUGUGAUAACGAGCUAGUUGAUCUGGAACUGUUGCUUGCAGAUGGUGAAUCUCUAAGUGCUCAUGUGGCUAUCCUAUCAGCAAGAUGUCCUAAAUUAUUGCCAUCUGAAAAAUCUUUUGUCCACGAUGGGUCAGUGACUGAUGAAUGGGGCAAAAGAUCAUGCUAUCAUGUUCGAGUGUCUGAUCGUGUAGAUAGUCAUGCUCUGAAGAAAAUUUUGGAAUAUGCAUACACUGGACUGGUCACUGUAGAUGAUGCCAUUGUUAAGCCUGUAAAAACACUUGCAAAGGACAUCAUUUUGGAGGCCCAAUCUAAUGACAAAAUGGAGUGUCACCAUGGCUCGUGCCAGUUAUCAACUCCUCAUAUCCAUAGCCAUAAGAUCGUUUUGAGUGUGAGCUGCGAUUACCUCCGUGCUUUGUUUCAGUCCGGGAUGCAUGAGAGCUUUGCAGAGAUUAUCAGAGUUCCGGUCGGGUGGGAAGCAUUGAGAAUACUAGUUCAGUGGUUCUACUCAGGCGAGCUGCCUAGAGUUCCACCUGAUUGCCGAUGGAAGACUCUGAGUACAGAAGAGAAACUAUCUAUUCUGAAAUCAUACGCAGAGCUGUCAUCCCUGGCUGACUUCUGGUUCCUGGAUGGAGUGAAGGAAGAGAGCCUUGAAGUGUUGACCUCAUGCCUGAAUUCCAGCACAAACGCCUCCCUCGAGUUCAUCGGCUUCGCAGCAAACUUGGGCCAGUGGGAACUGGUGGAGGCCGCCAUCAGCAGCGUGGCGCAUCUGUACCCCAAGCUGCGAGACUCUGGUCGGUUGGAGCAGCUUGAUGAAGACGUGCUCAACAUGCUGCGGACAGAGUAUGUCAGGUAUUCACAGCACUGCAGCGCAAGUAACUGA